AUGCCUCCAAUCCGCCGCGAACGCCGCGGCUACCACCCCCCCAAGCUGCGCCGCCCGCCCAUCGCGCCCACCCACCCGGCGGAACUACGCCGCCACCUCGUCGGCGCCUGGACACUGGUGCAGUACCUAGGCCACCCGACGCCGGGCUCGAGGACGCAGAAGGCCAUCUUCCCGCUCACACGGUACGCCCAGGGCAUGCUGUUGUAUACGCCGGAUGGGUAUGUGUCGCUGCAGCUGAGCGCGCCGGGGCAGGCAGCGUUUGGGCUGGAGGGCGCGGGGGAGGGGGAGUGGGCUGAGGCGGGGCGGAGAACCGUGGCUUAUGCGGGGGGUUAUUUUAUCAAUGAGGAGUGGGAGGAGGAGGUGGUGCAGGUAGGGGGGAAUGUAGCGCUUCCGGAGGGAGGGCAGGAAGAGCAAGGCGGAAGAGUGCAGAGCGAAGGGGUACAAGGGAACGGAGUGCCGGUGAAUGGAGUGCUGAGGAAUCCAGUGCUGGCGAACGCGAUGCCAGCCAACGGAGUGCCAACCAAUGGAGUGCCAGUCAACGGGGUGUCGGGGCAAAGAGUGCAAAGCGCAGGAUUGCAAGGCCAGGGAGUGCCAGGGGGAAGAGCAGGUGAAGCCAGGAGCAUGAGACUGGUGAUCCAGCUCCGCCACGAAAUGCGCCUAGCAGAUCUGCCGCAAAGCAGAGGAAGCUUUCAGAUCCAGCGCUGGCGCUUCGAGAAGGACGGCAAAGUGUUGGUGUUGACCGGGGAGCCGACAGAAGUUAGGGUGGCCGGGGCCCCCAACGGAAAGAGGGACGGGACUGUGUCGACGAAGAUGGAGAGCGACUGGAGGAUUCCAGAAAUGAGGUGGCGGAAGAUGGGGAGCAACGCGGUGGAUAUGCCGCCGUGGCCACAGAGCGUGUUCGAACGACCACCCUCGAUGGUGCCCCAGAUGGUCCAGAUCCCUCAGGUGCACCGGGUGCCCGUCGUGCUUCAGAUGCCUCUGAUUCCCCAGCUUCCUCAGAUGCCCCAGCUGCCCCAGACGCCCCAGGUGCACAACGCGUCGAUAGGCAACGGUGCAUAUCAUGCGCCCUCAGUCGAACGUUCUCCCCAUGCCGUAGGCCCGGUCCCAGCGCACAACCUCGAACCACAGUCGAUGCCAGCACCCCACCGAAACUCUACAACCCCCAAUUCUGUUACCCAAGCCGGUGAUUCUGCGGUGGCUGGAGCCAAGGACAUCAAACCACUGGCCCUCUUCGAGCCAGUUUGGCCAGACACCAAGCAAGGCUGA